UCCCCGGAGACGUCAGUUGGCUACUGGCUGUGUGAGAGCUGUAUUCCGGGUUCCUGUACCGUUUAUUCCUUGGACUGUACCUGUGCACAAGUACAGCUUGUGGGCGCUCGAGCCCAACGUCUCUACAGCGUGACUCUUGUCUAAUAUCAGUCUAAGCCGGCGCCAUGGUGUCCUCCGGCCUGCUUGUUGCGGCGUUUGUGUUGGUUGUCAUGUCGGUGUCUGGGGACGUAGCAUUUGCCGCGACGCCUCUGCUGCCCCCUGACGCCGCGAUGUCUGGCUCACGAAGCGACUCCAUCAACACCUCCAGUGCUCCGGCGGCGACACACUCCAGGACUGGAGGCGCAGAAUUGGUGACGACGCUAGGAGAGAGCCUGCCUGGAGGUGAACAGGAAGAUGGUGGCAGGGAAGAGCGUGACGAGCCCUUCCUCCCCGGCAUCUUGACACACCUAUCUCUCCUUGAGGAACGUGAGGCAGAAGUGCCGCGGUGCCAGCAGCCAGUCCAGACGGGGAUGUGUCGGGGGAUGUACCGUAUGUGGUACUACGACACCGCCACCACCACCUGUACCAUGUUUAUCUAUGGCGGCUGUGGAGGAAACGACAAUAACUUCCUGACGGAGGCGCAUUGUCGCGCUGCCUGUCCAGACGUGGUGGCCUGCCCAGAGGACCCGAGCAGGACGUGUCUGGUGUCUGCGUCAGCCUGCGUCAACGCGACGUGUCCAGCGGAGCCGGAUGCCAUCUGUCGCGUUACUCCGUGCACUUGUCUUCCCGCCUUCGUCAACGAGGUUGGCGAUCCCGUUCGGUGCGAAGAGCAGACGCCUGUCCCAUCCCCACCUGCCCCAUCCUCACCUGCCCCAUCCCCACCUGCCUCAUCCCCACCUACCCCAUCCCCACCUGCCUCAUUCCCACCCACCUCUACCCCCACAUUAACAGAGAUAACCACCAUUACGCCCACGACCUCUGAUGAAGACGAAGUGGACGAGCUGCUGUGGGUGACGGUGGUGUGUGUGGCAGGAGGGGUGAUCCUGGCGGGGGCGAUGCUGUGGGCGCUGGUCCGCCACUGCAGGCUACACCACAAGGGCUUGUACAUCAUCUUCCUCGCCACCACCAACACCGACAGGGAACUCCGCCCCGCCAAGCAGGUCAACGCUCUAGACUCCACACCCGGCAAAUUCAAAGAGCUUUCCCACUUCCCAGUAUGAGAGGCAACGCCGGCGACGAGACGUCUCUUGAUAACUGUUUCUAGUUAAAGUUUAAAGCACGUUUAUACGUUAAGGUACUUAAAACUGAAGUGAUUAUAGAUGUUAAAUUUAAAUUUUCCAUUAACUAAUGUUUUAACGGAGUGGAAUACGGCAACAUUUGUUUUAGAGGCGCUAUUUGCAUUUAAGAUUUUUAAAUGUUAUUAAAACUAGCAUUAAAACGAUCACACUGAUAGUUUAUCAUGGAUUUUUUUAAUUUUGAGAAGGAUGUGGCAUGUUAGGCGACACUGGCAGUGAGAGGCAGCACAUGUACCUCUGGUAAAGUCACUGAUCAAAGUUAUUGUGAGAAGCUCAAAUUUUGUUCAAAGAAUUACUUGUGCAUUUUAAUUCUCUGUAGAUUUGUGAAUAAAUCUUUCCUUUUUUAA